AGGCGCGUUUUCUUAAAACCCCCAUCAAACAGAAGCGAAAUCUCGAAGACAGCGAGUUUCUCUUAUUAUUUUCCUUUUUCUUUUUCAUUUUCUCGCUACAGUCAGCGAAAACAAACAACAAACAGUUGGAACACGCAACACAUCACAACGACGCCAGACUUCUUUUUGAAUUCUGACUCAAAAUAAACGACAAAUCUGAGUAUGUUUCAGGAGACCACCGCCGUGGCCACUCGGUGGGGGACUGAGGCGGUGGAGGUGCGGAUGAAUCACUGGACUAGGGAGCAGGAUAAGGUCUUCGAGAGAGCCUUGCUUUUCGUGCCGGAGGACUUACCGGACCGCUGGGAUAAGAUCGCCGAGCAGGUUCCCGGCAAGUCAGCCGUCGAAGUCAGGGACCGCUACGAGGCUUUGGUCCGCGACGUCUACGAAAUCGACUCGGGCCGAGUCGAGGUGCCGAGGUACUCGGAUGACUCGGCGGGUAGUGGCGGCGGUGGUGGAGGGUUGUACAGAUUCUUCUCUAAUUAUUAUUUUGUAUUAUCUUAUUAUUUAUUUAUUGUUGUGUUUGUGAUUAGGUUGUUUUUGAUUGGGCUAAAAAAAUUUGGAAAGGGAGAUUGGAGAAGCAUUUCAAGGAAUGUGGUUGUUACAAGAACACCUACUCAAGUAGCUAGCCAUGCCCAAAAGUACUUUCUAUGCCAGAAUUCGGGGAAGAAAGAGAGGAAGAGAUCAAGCAUCCAUGAUAUAACCACGGUGGAUAGCAACUCUGUGCCUGUGCCUGUUGAUCAGAAUUGGGUUGCUCCUCCACAGCAAGAGAUGCAGCAACACCAACAGCACCAGCACUUUAAUCCGCACAAUCAUGUGGGUGCUGGUGGGUUUGGGUAUUCAAACUACGGUGGCUUUUGAAUAUAGCUUUAGUUAGAAGCUGCUUGUUUUGUAUAUAGUUUUAGGUUUUCAUUCAUAACUUCUUAUUUGUAAAGGUUAUCGUUCAGUGUCAUAUUAGGAUAGUAUUAUUGCUAAUUGUGUUUAUAUAUUAGUUUAGAUUCCGUUUAAAUUCCUUUGUGAAUCCGAAGAUAUAGUAAGGGGUUAGUUAAAACUAAUAGACACUUAUUGAAAAUUCUUUCUUUGAUUGUUUUUGUCCAAUUAACUUAUUGCUGUAUAAUCUCCGAUCCAGGCAUUCAUGAUUCA